AGUAGCAGCAGCAGCAGCAGCAGCGGUAUCGGGAUUUGUCCGCUUCUCAAAGCGAUCUCAAUCCGCGUGCACAAGUGACAUUCCAUUUGCGAACGCUUCAAUUCAAGCGAGAGAAUUGUGAGAAGUUUUCGCCAUGGAAAUACCAUUACCCUCCGGCGUGUGGCGUGAUGGGAUGGGAUCGUCAUCGCGAUCGUAAUCGUUUAGCUGUUCACACCUUGUGUACGGUGCGAAACUUUUGCAGUGCGUUGCGGUGAAGUGCACAAGUGUAGAGCGUGAAGUGAAACAUAGUUUCCGAUGCAUCGAGCCCAACUCCCAAGCCUCCGGAUUCUCUCCGGAACAACAGCAGACCGCUUGGUCUCCGGUAUCCCGAAGCGGUGUUUCGUUAAUUGAAUUCUUCUUCUUUGGCGAAGCGCAUCGCUCACUGAGAAGGUGUUGAGUUGUGGCGCUUCCCCGCCGGAACAUUCAUUAGAUCUCUUCAUCACAUUCACCGGCGAUUGCGAUCGACUACCAGCACCAUCACCACGAGCUUGUGCGUACGUGUGAACGACGUCCAGCCACCGACACUUUCAAAACAAACGAACGGAUCUGAAGCAGAAGAGAGCGCUGAGGAGUGAUAGUCACAUCAGCAACGAGGUAGUCCCCUUUGUAGAACUUAUCUUCAAGACGCUCAUCGAGUGGGAGUUUUACUGCCCACGCCGGCUGCUGCUGCUAACUGGAGACUGGCAACUAAUCGCUCUCCCCUUCCUACGUUCCCGUGCAUCGCUAUGCAGAGGGCAGCAACGGCUCUCGGAUCUUGAGGCGGCUGCUGCUGAUAAGUUUGGCCAAAGCGUGCUAUUAGAAUCUAUAGCACACCAGGACGACAUUAUCUCUGCCACCCAGGCCCAUCCCCGUAAACCCCCCAAUCUGCCAAGAACCAGAACGAACCAGCGACCGAGAGCGAUCGCGACACAACGACGACGAGCACGAAUUUCACUGAUCGACUGUUUUUUUUUGGGGGGGCGCAAAAAGAGAGACUCCAAACUCCAUCAUCACCUGUUGUGGACGUUGUUCCCGCGCGUUACAGCUGUGCUUGUGUGAGGCUGUACCAUCCGUAGCCAGAGCCAAAGCAUCGCCAAAGCGAUACGCACAUCGGUGGAGGCGCCUUCACCAGCAGCAACAGCAGCAGCAUCGGCACCAACACGACCACACGAGAGAGAGACACCAACAAAGCCUCACCAUCAGCAUCAGCAUCAGGCCGUUGUAAGCGGGUUGCGCAUGCUGGUGCGAAGCUUCACUUCACCGUAGCGAUCGUCCCAUCAUCAUCGUGGCCAACAUCAUCUUCCCAUCGCAUCUCUCUCUCCGUAGACGUCGCAAGCGCCACCACUAGCCACCCCCUGUUGGAGCUUCUUCUACCGCCCAAGGAAUAAAGUGCGAGAGAGGGAGAACAAGUGAGCGAGCGAGCGGGUUCUCUCCCCGGCUCGCGGCUUACAGUAUCCAACAGUAACAACAGCCGCCACGACUUUGGGCAUCAUCGCGCAUCGCGCAUCGCACAUCGCUCGUUAGCACGGAGCUUGGGGAGCUAGGGAGCAUCGCAGCCACCGAGCGGUGUGCCAGUAUCGGAUCGGGUUUUGCCCGAAACGCGUCGUGUCGCGCGAGAUCAAGCGAUCGAAACAGCCCGCCAGCCAGUCGCCGGAUUUUUGGACUCCAAGUUUUCGGUUCGAAACUUUCGCGUGACUCUGUGUGUGUGUGUGUGUGUGUGUGCGUCCGUGCGUGAGUGCGUCCAUCGAAUCCAAUCACUAUAAAGGUCAACGUGACGCGGGAUGAUCCGACUUCACCGGCCAGUUCGCCGGCGUGAACGCGUUAUGUAAAUUGAACCAUCGUUGUGCGUCGUCGGUAAGAGGGAAGCUCCGGCAGCUAACACACGGUACCCCCUUAUCGCAUCCGAACACGAGGCUAAUUGAAACGAUCAUCAAGCGGACCAGCAGCAGCACUAGCCACAGGUCGCCGGGAGACGGUUUCGGUGUGGCUCGUGUUUGCGAAUCGAAUGACGACAGCGUGCACUCAACGACAACCACAACCGCGACGACGACGACGACGACGACAACAGGGGUACACAGUGUCCACAAGCGUGCUAUGUGUUGGUGCGCGCUCUGAAAUGCUGACUCGCACGGAAAACAAUCGGCAGCAGCAGUACGGCACUUGGCCAGUUUUGUAAACAGCGAACGUAAGCACAGCAACAACAGCCCGCGGUAGGCGAGCAACCAGCCAGUCAGUCAGCAAGGCAACACCUCCCUAGCGCUUGCUUGGACGUCAUUUCGGUGGUGAAGUCGUUGGCGACAGCGCGCGCGCUCUCGGUCGUCGCCUGCCUCGUCCUGCGCGUUCAGCAAAGAAAGGGAAAGAGAGAGCGAGCGAGGGGCAAGCGAUCUGAUCUGAUCUGACUUAUCAGUGGCGGCCAAUCAACCAGUCCCAGUGCUCUCCUUGUACAUUGCGAUCAGUGUGUGAUUCGCGUGGUGUUUUGCCCGUCUGUUAGUGAUUCGCUGACCGUGGGAUCGUGUGGAGUAGCAGCACCCCAUCUAGUGGGUGGGGCUAGUGUGUUGUUUGUGACUGACUUGGUCCGUUGGCUAGUAACCGUGGCGAACGGUGGAGGAGCAUCUUUAAGGACGUUGCGCAGUGGCCAACAGGUGGCCAACAGUAGCAGCAGCAGCAACAGCAACAGCAUCAUGUACUGGUUUCGUUCGAAGAAGCUAAAAGAGCGGUUAGCGCUCGGUUUCGGCGCUUCGCUCGUCCUCUUCACCCUUCUGCUCGUGAUCGAUCUGCAGAUGGAUCUGGGGGUGUCGCGGGGCGAGUUCACACCAUCGCACGCCCGGAUACGGUACGCGAACCAGGAGGACAAGAGUGGCAUCUACAACGAGUUCCACCGGCGGUACCUGGCGAAGAGUAAUGCGUCCGGGUCGAAGGAGUACCUCACGACGAACCCCCACACCCACCGUGGCCACACGGAUACGUCCGGGCCGGGUUAUCCGGCGAAGGCGGCCACAACCGCACCACCACCGCACGAUCGCUUCAAGGACCUCACGGCACUGGUGGUAGCACCGCGGAACCGUCGCCAUCCGGAACCACACGAGAAGAUCAUCGUGAAGGAAGAUCUGCUGCAGGACGAUAUGGACGAAUCGAACCCGACACUGGCCGAUCUGCUCGAUCUAACGCCCGGUACGAACGCCUCCAAUCUUGAGCGCUUUCAGUUGCGUAUCUCGAAGCGGGAACUGUACCGGAAGGAUGACCAGCUGGUUAAUGCCGUCGUGGACGAUAUGAUCCGGCUACCGAUCAUGCACGUGGUGCAGAAGGAGGGCGGAACUCAGCUGAAGCUCAUCAUCGACUAUCCGAACGACAUCCAUGCGCUGUUCAAACCGAUGCGCUUCCCGCGGGAACAGCAAACGCUUCCGAAUCACUUUUACUUCACCGAUUACGAGCGACAUACGGCCGAGAUUGCGGCGUUCCAUCUCGAUCGGUUACUCGACUUCCGUCGAGCGAUGCCAGUCACGGGGCGCAUCCUAAACAUCACGACCGAAAUCUACCAAAUCGGUGACGAGGGUUUGCUGAAGACGUUCUUUGUGUCGCCCUCGAACAAUCUGUGCUUCCAUGGCAAGUGUUCGUACUACUGCGACACGUCGCACGCAAUCUGCGGCAAUCCGGACACACUCGAGGGUUCAUUCGCCGCGUUCCUACCGACGCAACCCGACACACAGCGCAAAGUGUGGCGGCAUCCUUGGCGUCGUUCGUACCACAAACGCAGGAAGGCACAGUGGGAAACGGAUGCCGAUUACUGUACGAUGGUACGGGACAUUCCGCCGUACGACGAGGGUCGCCGGUUGCUCGAUCUGAUGGAUAUGGCCGUGUUUGACUUCCUGACCGGUAACAUGGAUCGGCAUCACUACGAAACGUUCAAGAUCUUCGGCAAUGAAACGUUCCCGAUCCAUCUCGACCAUGGCCGGGGCUUCGGACGGCCGUUCCACGAUGAACUGUCGAUCCUGGCGCCGGUACUGCAGUGUUGCCUGAUACGGAGCAGCACGCUCGAGACGCUCCUCAAGUACCACAACGGACCCAAGUCCCUUUCGGAGGCGAUGCGCGAAUCGAUGGCCAUCGAUCCGAUUGCACCGGUCCUCUGGGAACCGCACCUGGUUGCGCUCGAUCGGCGUGUUGCGAUCGUACUGCAGGCCAUCCGGGACUGUGUCCGGAAGUCACGGGACGAGGACGACCAGCUGGUCGGUGAUGAUGGCUCGAACGUACUGGAUCGUGACGAUGGCAAACAGCCGGCCCAUGGGUUCUACCGAGGAUCCUAGCGGCGACUGGUUGAGAUCGACGCGCGUCGACGACGGGCCGGCAGUUACCGGCGGUCAUCAGUGGUCGCGCGUCGAGCGCUCUACGAGCGGCGAACCUUCCGCACGAGCCCGCUAGGGCCGGCGAUGGGCCGGCUACGGCGUGGCCACACCCUGUACAUAGUCUAAUGGGGCGCGCCAGUACCCCCGAGUGUGAAUGUGAUCAUCGAUGGGUGGGUGGCGAGUGAUCAUGGGGGCGGGGGUGAUCAUGAUCGAUCCCCCAUUGGAAUUAGCAUUAGCAAGCUGACGACGCGUGUGUGGUCCGACCACUCGUUGCUCUUUGGUUCCUAAUUCUGUCUCAUGCGGUAGCGUAUAGUAACGAAGCAACGAAGUGAACGAUGCCAAGGAGAUGAAGAGAGAGGGAGAGAGAGAGAGAGAGCGACGAAAGCGGUUGGUCUGUUAAGAUCUGUGGAGCAUCAUUUCAUGUAGCGCAAAAGACUCAUAUCGACGAUGGCGAUGGCGGAUUGAGUUGGAUAGAGGAUGAUGUAAACGAUAACUUAAAAACCUUAAGAAAAGAACCCCGAAGAACUCACGAGCUCAUGCCAAACACGCUCUGCUGUCACUCUUCCUUUUUGGUGCGGUGCGUAUCCUCACGGGGAAGUAGGAUAGAAAAGUGUCCAACAGUGACGGAGCGAAUGGAGCGCCAGUUAGAAUUAGAAAUAUGUUAAUAUGAACGAGCGAAAGCACACCGAACGCUGUGAGGCCAAAGUUUUUUUCCCUGUUUAUAACAACACACUGUUAAUGAAUGAAUACCCCCCACCCCCGUUCCGGUCAUCAUCGACGACUCCUAUCCUUCAAAUCAUAUCAUGUUCCCUCUGUUUCCAUCAUUCCCCGCCUGUGUCCUUUUCGGUGUUGUGUGUAUAUGUCGUUGUGUGUGCGUCGUGUGUGUGGUUAGGAGGUGUGUUAAGCUGGACCGCGAGUCCUGGAAACAAACGAUCGAAUUUAUCCUGCACCCCCAACAGCCGGGGGUGUGUUACUGUUCCGUUGUUUUCAACCCCAUUCACCCACCAUGGUCUAACCCGAAUCUGUUGUUAAGUUUGAGUUUGAUCGUGCAUGAUCCGUGAGCGGUUUUUGAGGUUCAAACCAGAAUGUGACGCUUCCGCACAAGUCCACAACAAGGGUGGACAAAUAAUUCACCAAAAAACCAAACCAUCCCCCGUUCGAAUAGAACCCUUAGCUGCCCCCUGUAUCAUUGUUGGUUUUAGGUAAGCUUAGCACCUAGGGCGCACCUCUGCGUAAUCAAUAAAACCGGCCAGCAUAAAUUGUUAAUGGUAAAAAAAGUGGUAACGGCUCUGUGUAACGAGAGAAUACGAUAAACGCUUAACUCACUCGGUACACAACCAGAGACUGCUAAAGAGCGGAAGAGUGCGUGCGAAAAAGAGAGAGAGAUGGUUCCGUACAGGUGAUAAAGAGAUGUUAGAUCGGCGUUGAACACGAAGGAGUAUUAAAUCGCUAAUAGAAAUCCAUUGAAAGCACUUAGCAGCGAGAGAGUAGUCAGCAAUCGAUGGAGAGGAGUACGACGAGGUGGACGGCCCACAAAUUAAUCGAUCCGCAGCAUAAACACCGAGGCCUCCAUCCUCCGUAAUGGUCAAGGCAAGGGCAACGAAUAAAUUGAAAUCAAAACAGCCAAACAAUGAAUGCUACUAAAUGCGGCUGCGGAGGGAAAUCGCGCAGGGCUUAACCACCGAUCGCGCGCGCACCCCAGCGCGUUGUCGAGGGGUUGAAUCGUUUCACUUUAAUAGUCGUUGUACGCAUCGUGGAUCCGCCGGAAUGUGUAGAGAGAGAGCGAUGGAGGGAGAGGGAACCACAUGGAAUUGGGAUAAUCACGGUGACGCACUCCACCGGGGCGAGGUGGCGCACAGGUGUCCAGAAAGGGGAGUGCGACUAAAUACAAUUCUUACAACGAUAAGUGAGGCUAAUCUUAUCAGCACGCUCGUGCGACCGCGAGCUUCCAUUCCUGUUCAUUCCUACCUACUGCUGUGUUGGCUACAAGCCGCGACACACGAUUCCCCGAAUGCGCUUACGACGAUGGUGAUGAUGAUGAUGAUGAUGAGGGCGACGAUGACGACGAGAUGCCAAAAACGCCACGUCCCAACAAACAUAACCAACGACCGAGCGACUGAGUAGGCUCUCCCAUGUGCUGCUGAUGAGUGAGAACACAGCACAAGAUGGCGCACAAACAAAACAAUGGUCUAGAGGGCGAUCGAUUACGCCAAAAAUUACGGGUCGCGGCUUCUUGCUUUCGAGAUCGGUAAUCCCACGAUCGGGGAUGUUUGCAAAGCAUGGGCGCGCGCGCGCGCGUCAUCAAUCGGUGCCAAAAAAACAACAAACACGCCGAAACCAUCAAGUGUGCGAUCGCAAGGGAGAGAGACGGCGAUUCACGCGACUCAUCAUCACCACCACCAAGUGGACGGAACCUUCCCUUCCUUUAUGUUGAACCAUACAAAAAAGAAACCCCUCGAACGGAGAACUGAACUGAUGGACCUGUUUGAAUGUUAUCCCUUUUUUGUUGUGCGCGCGUAUUGACUUGAUGAUAUUGUUGUUAUUCCUCCAUAACCCUCCCCCCCCCCCCCUUCCGUUUUGUAUAGCUAGAAACCUUUUCCCAGACCUAGACCAAUACUACGCACCCGGUUUUGUCCGCAGGGACCCCUCGAUCGUUGGCCAAAAAGAAGCCGAAUGUUUAGAGAGACCAAGAACGGUACUGAACCGAACGGAAAGCUCUUCCUCUCUGUAGACACCUCUCGGGUGAAGAACACUUCUGUGGUGAAAAGUCUGUUUGUUACUGUUAGCUAAGGAAGAAGUGGAAGAAGAUGCGAAGAGAUAAUUAACUUUGAGGAAAUAAAAAAAUACACACAGGGGGGAAAUGUGCACGAUUGCACCGAUAGCGAUGAUGUAGUGAAGUAAAAAGAUGGAUAAAGAGAUGGAGUGGAGUGGAGCAGGACUUGUGUAGCAGCAACUACCAUAGGUAAUGAAUACAAAGAUAAGCAACAAACUGAUCAGCUGUGGUAUCGAUUAUGAUAAUAUUGAUAUGAUGAAAACAAUGAAUAAAAACAUGAAAUUUGGAAAUUUAAAA